AUGGCUUCCUCCCGACCACCCGCGCCUGAAAUCCACCAAGCCGUCAACUUGCUGAUUGACAAUCUUGUCAACAUCAAGGAUGAGACCGGCCGGUUCCUGUUGCCACUGCCUGACGGUCGCAUUAUCGACACCAAGUCUUGGCAUGGCUGGGAAUGGACGCACGGCAUUGGUCUGUAUGGCGUGUGGAAGUACUAUGAGAUGACAGGCGAUGCGAGAUUGUUGAAGAUCAUCGAGGACUGGUUCGCGGCACGAUUCGUUGAGGGCACCACCAAGAACAUCAAUACCAUGGCCCCGUUCCUCACCCUGGCCUAUGUUUAUGAGAAGACCGGCAAUGCCACCUAUCUCCCCUGGUUGGACGCUUGGGCCGAAUGGGCCAUGUACGAGCUGCCCCGGACCAAGUAUGGCGGCAUGCAGCACAUUACCUACAUCACCGAAAACUACCAGCAGCUUUGGGAUGAUACGUUGAUGAUGACGGUGAUGCCGCUGGCCAAGAUUGGCAAGCUUCUGAAUCGACCGCACUACAUCGCGGAGGCCAAGAAGCAGUUCCUCACGCACAUCAAAUAUCUGUUUGACACCAAGACGGGUCUCUUCUUCCACGGCUGGACCUUUGAGGACGGCGGUCACAACUUCGCGGAUGCUCGCUGGGCCCGCGGCAACAGCUGGGUGACCAUCGUUAUUCCUGAAAUUAUUGAGCUCCUGGACCUGGAGCCUACCGACCCGAUUCGCUUGCACUUGAUUGAGACUCUUGAAGCCCAAUGUGAGGCCCUGGAGCGAGUCCAGUCAGCGUCGGGUGGGUGGCACACGCUCCUCGACCACCCAGACUCGUACCUCGAGGCCUCGGCCACGGCCGGCUUUGCCUACGGAAUAUUGAAGGCCGUGCGAAAACGCUAUAUUGGUUCUCAGUACCGUCCCGUUGCUGAAAAGGCCAUCGCCUCCGUUCUCAAGGACAUCGAUAGCACGGGCGAGCUCCAAAACACCAGCUUUGGCACUGGCAUGGGCGACUGUCUCCAGUUCUACAAAGAUAUCCCUCUCACUUCGAUGCCUUAUGGUCAAGCCAUGGCAAUUAUGGCCCUCGGAGAAUAUCUGCGGACUUACCUGUAG